AUGACACCGCGCCUGGGAGAGGAGCCAGCGCUGCGGCAGAACAGAGUGUUCCCUGCAGCAGCAGCUCCCUGUCCAGGGGCAGCACACAGGGACCCCCGGGCCUUUGUGGAGCGCGGUCCCCGCCAGGCUGACAUUCACAGCGAGCCUUUGCCGGUGUGUCCGCCUGGGGCUGCCGCGGGGCUGCUGCUGCUGCUGCUGCUGCUGCUUUUCACAGGUGGAAGGAGCCGCCUGGCGCCGGUCCUGGCCCACUUCACGCUGGCCACUCCGCAGGCCUGCGACCUGCUUCUUCCGUUCGGUGUCCCUGCUGCCCUUGUUCGGGAGGUCCUGUCACUCUCCUCAGCUGCUUGUUUUCACUCGGUUGAGUGGGUCCUGUCGGUGGAAGGAUUCCAGCAGAUAGUGACUGAUAUCCUCCAACUUCUCCGGCCACUCCCCACCCCUGGGGCUGUCACACCCCUAACUACAGGCCCUCAGAGCCCCCCGCGCCUGCCCCUGUCCCCGAGACACCCCUCGUGCCCCCAGUCCCUCCUGGUGGAGGCAGCUGAUAACGUCCCGGAGGACCUCAGGGACCCCUUUUACACCGACCAGUACGAGCAGGAGCACAUCAAGCCGCCCGUCACCAGGCUCCUGCUCUCGGGGGAGCUGUACUGCCGAGUCUGCAGCCUCAUCCUGAAGGGGGACCAGGUGGCUGCCUUGCAGGGACACCAGUCCGUCAUCCAGGCCCUGUCCCGGAAAGGGAUUUACGUGAUGGAGAGCGACGACACCCCCGUGACGGACCCCGACCUCAGCCACGCACCCAUAAAGAUGAGCGCCCACAUGGCGAUGGUGGACGCCCUCAUGAUGGCCUACACCGUGGAGAUGAUCAGCAUCGAGAAGGUGGUGGCCAGCGUCCAGCGCUUCUCGACCUUCAGCGCCUCGAAAGAGCUCCCGUACGACCUGGAGGACGCCAUGGUGUUCUGGGUCAACAAGGUAAAUCUUAAAAUGAGAGAGAUCACAGAGAAAGAAGUCAAGUUAAAACAGCAGUUACUGGAAAGUCCAGCUCAUCAGAAGUCCCCCUCCAAGUGGUACUGGAAGUUAGUGCCCGUGCGCUACCGCCGAGAGCACCUGUCGGCGAGGCAGCCGCCGCACUUCCCGCUGCUGGAGGACCUGAUGAGGGACGGCAGCGACGGCGCCGCCCUCCUGGCCGUGGUCCACUACUACUGCCCCGAGCAGGUGAAGCUGGACGAUAUAUGCCUGAAGGAGGCGGCCUCGCUGGCCGACAGCCUGUGUAACAUCCGGCUGCUGAGGGAGUUCGCGAACGAGCACCUUAACAGAUGCUUCUAUCUCACCUUGGAGGACAUGCUGUACGCCCCCUCCGUGCUGAAGCCGAACGUCAUGGUUUUCGUCGCCGAGCUCUUCUGGUGGUUCGAGAACGUCAAACCGGCCUUCGUUCAGCCCAGGGACGUCCAGGGGCCCAAAGACGCAAAAACGGUGUCACACCACAGGAGCAGCCGGCCCCCUGUCCCCAUCUCCAACGCCACCAAGCGCAGCUUCCUGGGCAGCCCCGCGGCGGUGAGCCCGGCCGACCUGCUGUCCCCCGCUGCACUUCCCGCCGAGGAGCCCCAGCACCUGGGGAAAGGUGCCUCUGCCUUCAGCCCGUCACACCCUUUACUGCCUCUGAGACAGAGACAGCAGAAGACGGUGCAGGCGGAGGGCCUUCCCGAUCAGCGACUCCGGUCCAGCUCCCUUACCCGAGUGGAUGGUCAGCCGCAAGGUGCGGCCGUCGCGUGGCCGGAAAAAAAGAACAGGCCUGUGUCCCAGCCGGCGCCCUUUGCUCUCCAUCAUGCUGCCAGCUGUGACAUGGACCCCGGCUCUGGGGACAGCGUCAGCCUCGCCCGCUCCAUCAGCAAGGACAGCUUGGCCUCCAACAUCGUUAACCUGACCCCGCAGAGCCAGCCCCAGCCUGCAGCGCUGGACACGGACGGGAAGAGCCUCCUGAACAAUGUGGAUAUUGACGACGGCGAGGAGGAGCUCGUGGCCGCCAUCAGGACGGACGCGGCUCCCCAGGGCGGCGCCGGGUCCCCCCAGAGGCCGGCGGACGCCCGAGAAAGCAGGCCCGACAGCUUCUUCCUGGAGCCGUUGAUGCCGGCCGUGCUCAGGCCAGCCAAGGAGAAGCAGGUGGUCGCCAAGGAGGAGGAGUGCGGAGAGGGGCGGCCCCGGAGCUUCACGUGUAAGAGGCCCAGCGAGGGCCACCAGCCCCUGGUGCGCAAGAGGGCGCCCAGCAGUCACGGCGGCCGUGACUCCAGCAGGACUUUCACCCCGAUCUGUGCGGAGCUUCCCGCGGGUGUGGACGAACUGCCCGCUGAGGCCGGGCCGGCGGCGGCGAGUCAUUUCGAUCCGUUACCUCAGGGACAGUCUGCCGACGGCUUCUUUCUUCACGUGGCCAGGGCCGGCGACGACGCGGAGGGCAGGUUCCGCCUCAGCUGCGCCAGAAGCCCCGGCGCCCACGAGCCUGAGCCGUGGGCCGUCCUGAGGCAGGACUCGGACUCCGACGUCGCGGACCUGGAGGAAGCCGAGCAGGAUUUCGUGGGCGACGACCACCCCGCGGCGCUGGCCAGGUACGCCGGGGAGGAGGAGUCGGCCAAGCUGCAGGAGGACAUGAAGGUGAAGGAGCACGAGGACAAGGACGACGCCAGCGGCCGCUCGAGCCCGUGCCUGAGCUCCGUGUCCCAGGUCAGCGGCGUGUCCGCGGCCAGCGGCAGCGUGAAGAUGACCAGCUUCGCGGAGCGGAAGCUCCAGAGGCUCAACAGCUGCGAGACCAAGUCGAGCACCAGCAGCUCCCAGAAGACGACGCCGGACGCCUCGGAGAGCUGCCCGGCCCCGCUGACCACGUGGAAGGCGCGCAGGGAGCAGAGCCCGGGCGGCCAGGCCGGGGACCACGCCAGCCUGCUGGCCUCCGAGCUGGUGCGGCUCCGCAUGCAGCUGGAGGAGAAGCGCAGGGCCAUCGAGGCGCAGAAGCAGCAGGCGGAGGCCCUGUCGGCCCGGCAGCGGCUGAGGCUCGGCAAGGCUGCCUUCCUGCACGUGGUCAAGAAGGGGAAGGCGGACGGCGCCCCGCCGCCGCGCCAGCCGUACGCCCAGCACAGCGGGGACGGCUCCGACGGGGUCCCCCGGACGGAGGAGUUUGCCGCGAAGGAGGCGAGGCCGGCCGAGCUGAAGGUCCCCAAGGACAGGCAGCAGGCCUCCUGCCGCAGCAAGACGCCGACGCCCAGUGUGGAGGGCCUGCCGCACCCGCGGCCCUGCGCCCCCCGCACCCCCUCCGACCCGGGCUGGGACAGCGUCGCGGAGCCCGGCAGUGACCCUCCUGAGAAGUACUUCUUCGACAGCUACAGGCUCCGCGACGAGAGCAACCAGCGGACGCUCGCCCUGUCCUCUCCCAAGGACGCCAACAUCCUGUCCGAACAGAUGGGCCUCACAGAAGCUCUGGAGGGCAGCGUGAAGGAGGCGGCGCUGGGCUGCCCCGCGGUCCCCGGGAAGGAGGGCGUCCCUGUGGACGAGCCCCCCAGGGGCAAGGCCAGUCUCAUCGAGGUGGACCUCUCGGACCUGAAGGCCCCCGACGAGGACGGGGAGCCGGGGGGGCCCCCGAGCGUGGUGGACCUCUCCAGUGAAGGCGACCAGAAGCCGGGGGUCGGCUUCUUCUUCAAGGACGAGCAGAAGGCGGAGGACGAGCUGGCCAAGAAGCGGGCGGCCUUCCUCCUGAAGCAGCAGCGCAAGGCGGAGGAGGCGCGCAUGCGGAAGCAGCAGCUGGAGGCGGAGGUGGAGCUCAAGAGAGACGAGGCCCGUCGGAAAGCCGAGGAAGAGCGCAUCCGGAAGGAGGAGGAGAAGGCACGGCGGGAGCUCAUCAAGCAGGAGUACCUGCGCAGGAAGCAGCAGCAGAUUUUGGAGGAGCAGGGGCUCGGGAAGCCGAAGGCCAAGGCCAGGAAGCCAAGGCCAAAGUCCGUCCACCGGGAGGAGUCCUGCAGCGACUCAGGGACCAAGUGUUCCUCCACCCCUGACCACCUGGACCGGGCCCAGUCGGGCUCCAGCCUGUCCCUGGCCUCCGCGACGACCACUGAGCCCGAGAGCGUGCACUCGGGGGGCACACCUUCCCAGCGCGUCGAGUCCCUGGAGACCUUGCCCACGCUGAGCCGCAACGCCAGCAGGAGCACCGACCGGGACUGGGAGACGGCGUCCGCGGCGUCCUCUCUCGCCUCCGUGGCCGAGUACACAGGUCCCAAGCUGUUCAAGGAGCCCAGCAGCAAGUCCAACAAGCCCAUCAUCCACAACGCCAUCUCUCACUGCUGUCUGGCCGGGAAGGUGAACGAGCCUCACAAGAACUCGAUACUGGAGGAGCUGGAGAAGUGUGACGCCAACCACUACAUCAUCCUGUUCCGUGACGCGGGCUGCCAGUUCCGGGCGCUGUACUGCUACUACCCCGACACGGAGGAGAUCUACAAGCUCACGGGCACGGGCCCGAAGAGCGUCACCAAGAAGAUGAUUGACAAACUGUACAAGUACAGCUCGGACCGGAAGCAGUUCAACCUGAUCCCGGCCAAGACCAUGUCGGUCAGCGUGGACGCGCUCACCAUCCACAACCACCUGUGGCAGCCCAAGCGGCCCGCGGUGCCAAAGAAGCCCCAGCCUCGCAAAUGACACCGGCGCCGGCGGGGCGGCCUGGGGACGCGUGGACGGGGCUGAUGUUUAUUGUUUCCAUGCGUUUGGGUACGAAGCGUGCGGAGUCACAGACCUUUCUCAGAGAGGCGCCCGUUAACAGAAGCCCCCCGGGCUCCCCGCACACGCGCCGGUGCCACACGGAGCCAGGAGGAGAAGGGGCACCGGGUCGAGUGGCUCGGCCACUGCGGGCCACGGAGGGCCGGCCGUGGGGUACGCGUGUCACGGGGGGUCGGGCACUGGGUCCCUUUACUUGAAGUUCUCCUCGGUGUGAAUGGAAAGUGACGUCCUCCGCUUUCUCACCCCCUCCCCCAACCCCUGUUUGCACGUGACCUGAUGACCCCUUGCGCCGGCCGCUGCGACCCUGUGGGUCACAGGGCUGAGGCGCGGUCUCAGUCAGGGCGUUUGAAUGUCGUUAGGAAAGGAACUCAGAUUGGGGGAAUCUUGCUUAUUUGAAAACUUGUAUGAUAUUUAUUGAUCGUGUCUACUGCCAAUGUUUAUAUCCAGUUCUAAGAUUUCUGAAAAAAAUUCUUGUUCUUUGCUGCUCAGAAAACGUUUACUGAAAAUACCAGUUCACUAAAGGCACUGAAAUCUGCAAA